UAGCUAAUAGUAGUAUAGUACUCCUUCAUUACUACUUGUUUAUGCAGAGAGCUAGACAGUUACACUACAAGACCCGGCAUAUUUGCUUUUUAUAAAAGCAACCUAUGGCAAAAGAAAAGAAAGCAACACAACAUUCAUAAGAAAAAAGCUCUAUGCUAUUCUGAAACUAGGCUAAUUUUCUCAGUCCUCAUCUGUCUCUCUCUGUUUCCAGCUGAACACGAUGAGCAUUUUCUUCUUCUUCUUGCUCCUCCUAUCACUCUCAUCCUCUGUUUCACUGGGCAGCUCAAGUAGCAGCAAUCAAGCUACAACUAAGCAACCCAACCCAUUCACACAUAAAGCCUCACUGAUCCGCUACUGGGACACCCACAUUUCCAACCAUCUCCCAAAGCCCACUUUCCUCUUCUCCAAAGCCUCAAACCUAAACCCAAUCGACUCCGCGAUUCUCACCAAACUCGCCGCCCAGAACUCACUCUCCUCCCACUUCUCCUCCUUCUGUUCCCUCGCCAACCUCUACUGCUCCUUUGACGCAUUUUCACAGACACCUGGUGAGCAACUCGCCGCCGCCCGAUCCAAAGACGCAAACUUCACCGGUUAUGCGAACAAGGACUUCGCCAACUACGGCACCUCCCGGCUCGGCGGCGCCGACUCGUUCAAGAACUACUCCGCCGAGCUGAACUCGCCGCAAGACUCGUUCACCAAGUACAGCAAAGCCUCCCGCUCGCACAGCGAACACUUCACCAGCUACGCCCACGACGCCAAUGUAGCCAACGACAGCUUCACCAACUACGCCGCCGGCGCCGUUUCCGGAUCCGGCGAUUUCAACAGCUACCACGACCGGGUCAACGUCCCCAAUCUCCGAUUCGCUUCCUACGACUCGAGCUCCAACAACCACAAGCUCUCCUUCACCAGCUACAGCGACGACACCAACGCCGGCUCCGAAACGUUCAUCAGCUACGGCAAGAAAGGCAAUGCCAACCGGAACGAGUUCAACAGCUACGCCGGAGACGCCAACAUAGUCGGGUCGGGUUUCACGGGUUACGGAGAGUCCGGGAACGCAGCAAACGACUCGUUUAAAGGGUACGGUCUCUCCGGUAAUAACCCGCACAACAAUUUCAAGAGCUACGGAGCCGGCGGGAAGUCCGGGAUCGACAGCUUCUCGAGUUACCGGAACGGAGCCAACGUCGGCGACGAUUCCUUCCAGUCUUACGCCAGGAACUCGAACUCCGGGAAAGUGACUUUCUCGAACUACGGCAAGUCGUUUAAUCUCGGAAAUGAUUCGUUUAAGGAGUACGGAGCCGGGUCGACGGGCCGGACCACUGUCGGGUUCAAAUCUUACAGCCUGGGCCGCUCGUUCAAAGACUAUGCCAAAAACGGUGUUGCUUUUGCUGAGUACAGCAACUCCACCACUGUUGCAACUGAUUCUGAAGAAAACAGAGCGAGUGGUGGCAGUUCUGUAAAUAGAUGGGUUGAGCCGGGCAAGUUCUUUAGAGAAUAUUUGUUGAAGCAGGGGAAUGUAAUGGUGAUGCCCGACAUUAACGACAAAAUGCCGGAAAGGUCGUUUCUGCCCCGGCCUAUUUUGUCAAAAUUACCGUUUUCCACGGCGAGGAUGUCGGAGCUAAGGGAGUUAUUUCACGCUGGCGACAACUCCGCCGCGGAACGCGUGAUAAUCAACGCGCUGACGGAGUGCGAAAGGGCCCCGAGUCCCGGUGAGACGAAGCGGUGCGUGGGCUCAGUGGAAGACAUGAUUGACUUCUCUGUGUCGGUCCUCGGCCGCAAUGUGGUGGUUAGGACCACGGAGAAUGUGAGCGGGUCUAAGCAGAAGGUGAUGAUCGGAAAGGUCAGCGGAAUCAACGGCGGACGAGUGACGGAAUCGGUUUCGUGUCAUCAGAGCUUGUACCCGUACUUACUGUAUUACUGCCACUCUGUACCCAAGGUUAGGGUUUACGAGGCUGAUAUUGUCGAUGUGGCGAGCCGAAACAAGAUCAAUCGCGGUGUUGCGAUUUGUCAUCUUGACACGUCAUCGUGGAGCCCGGGACAUGGUGCGUUCGUGGCACUGGGGUCCAGUCCCGGAAAUACUGAAGUGUGCCACUGGAUUUUUGAAAACGACAUGACUUGGACAGUAGCGGAUUAAAGGACCGUAAAAUGCAGUAGCUUGGUUUUGUCUUACAUAUUAAUUUACAUAGCCGGAUUGAUCUGUUGUCGUCUCAAGCCCUUUUGAUUUGGCAAUUUGAUUGCUUCUAUGGAAUUGCCUUCAUUUGCUUUCCCCUGAUUUUUCUUCCAGAAUUUCUGUUCUCUGAGAUGAUCUCAAACUAGCUUAUUAGGUACGUGUAAUUCAACCAAGAAAAACCUUAGCAGCGUAUCUAAUUAAGUACGAUAUAUGUGAUUUACGCAUAUUUAAACGUUUCUGUG